AUCUUUUCUACUUCCCAGCUAUCGUAACCCUUCUCUUUCCGUCCUUAUAGGCUGAUCACGAGUCGGCUUCUCUCUCUCCCGAGUCACAAGUAUCUUUCCCAGGAAGGAAUAAAGGGGAUAGAAAGUGUGGAAAGUACCAUGAGCCCCAUCCCUGUACCCAGGACAGUGAGCCGACGUCCGACCUGAGUGCAAGCAGCUAAGGCAGUGUCCCCAGCACACAGACAGGAGGGGGGAAAAGAAGGAUUGGACCACAUUACAGGGAGAGUCGCUUGCAGGGAGCCUGAGGACUUUUAAUGCCCUCGCUGGGUCCGACGUGAGACUCUUUCUGCAACGGAAAAGCCACCGACGAGAGAGAGAGAGAGAAACCCCCAAAAUAUGAUGUGCACCACAUUGAGCCCUGCGGGGCGAGGGCCUGGGCUUUCGGAUAUGCACCAAUACAGCCAGUGGCUGGCAAUAAGGCAUGAGGCCAACCUGUUGCCCAUGAAAGAAGAUCUGGCUUUGUGGCUCACCAGCUUUCUCGGGAAGGAAAUAACAGCAGAGACGUUUAUGGAGAAGUUGGAUAACGGUGCCUUGCUCUGUCAGCUUGCCGAGACCCUACAGGAUAAAUUUCGGGAAAAUCAUACGGACGCCAACAGGAAACUUGACAAGAGUCUGCCAUUGAAGAAGAUCCCAUACAGAGCCAAUGCCCCAUCCGGCUCUUUCUUCGCAAGGGACAACACAGCAAAUUUCUUAGCCUGGUGCAGAAAUAUCGGUGUUGGAGAAACCUGCUUGUUUGAGUCGGAAGGUUUAGUGCUACACAAGCAACCCCGAGAAGUCUGCCUUUGCCUCCUGGAACUGGGAAGAAUCGCCGCAAGGUUCGGGGUGGAACCCCCAGGAUUAAUUAAACUGGAAAAGGAGAUUGAACAAGAAGAGACUUUAUCUAUCCCCACGCCGUCUCCAUCUCCCUCCCCAACAAAGUCACCGGGGAAGAAAAGUACUGGGAAACUGCUAGAUGAUGCGGUUCAGCACAUUUCCGAAGACCCCCCAUGCAAGUGCCCCAAUAAAUUUUGCGUGGAACGUCUUUCCCAAGGAAGAUACAAAGUUGGCGAAAAGAUCCUUUUCAUUAGGAUGCUUCACAAUAAGCACGUGAUGGUGCGCGUCGGCGGGGGCUGGGAGACCUUCGCUGGUUAUUUGCUGAAACACGACCCGUGCCGAAUGCUGCAAAUAUCCCGCGUGGACGGGAAGACGUCUCCGGUGCAGAACAAAUCCCCCACCAUUAAAGACAUGAACCCCGAUACCUACUUGGUGGUCUCGGCCCAUUACAAGAGCAAGAAAGAGAUCAAGUGAAAUGGGGGUGACCAUCGUUAGUACAUAAUGCCCCCUGUGCUGUGUAUCAUAGUCCAGUCUGGUAGCAAAGGGGUUAAACUGAAAUAAAAAGCUGUUUUUGCCUUAAAAUGACUGUAAAGUACAAGCAGCGAGUAUUCCCUGUGUAUUCAGUUAUUUAUACAAUCUGAUGGGCUCAGACUGCUCUGUAUUCCCCUCUGCCUCGUACUCUGCAGUCUCUCUAAGGGUUAAACAAAGGGGAAAUAAUACUGCUCCAUCACGUUCACAUCAGUGAUACUUCCCCUUGAACUUUAUUUUAUAACUUGUACGAUUUAGCAUUUUCUGUUGCAUUUCUGCGUGGGGCCAUAGCGCUGCCCAUCCAAGGACUCGCAGAGCAUCUCAUUCGUUUUUUUUUUUUAGCAUGUUUAUCCUUUAUUUUUCUAUUUGUAUUUGUUGUCAGUUUUUCUUGGCUGAAUUGUGCCUUCUCCUUUCACCGACUUGCCUACAUGGCUGACAGUUAUGAAAAUCGCCAUUUAAGAAGACUGUGGUUAGUUUGUGCCUCUCAGUCUGACUACAACACCCAGAAUCCUCUGCCAGCUUUUGGCUUUUUGGGUAAAAACAGUUAAAAGAGCAGGAGGGCCAGUUUGAGCCUUACAAAGGCAUCUUGAGGAUUUGAUAUUGUUUUAAAGAUGUGGUUGGGCUCUGGCAGGGAAAUACCUCCUGGUAGUUCCAGUGUCGGGAGAACUGAGGCAGAGAAUGCUGGGAACUGUAGUUUUAUGAUAACUAGAGCAAUAAAUCCGGCCUUGAAACAUCUCUCUGACCUUCCGUAAAUGUUGGGGUGCUGUUUAUUCUGGAGGUAGAAACAGAACUGUCCCCCACUUUAUAGGGACCACCCAAAGCAGCCCUGAAAAGCCAUUAAUUGGGUCAUUAAAGGGGGUGGUUCACCUUUAAGUUAAAUUUUAGCAUGUUAUAAAAUGGCUAAUUCUAAGCAACUUUUCAA